AUGGGCCCACCGAACAGAACGUUGGUUGGCCCGUACCCGAUCAACCCCCCUGCGGUGCCCGCAUACCCUCAAGGUCCAGCCCAGCUGGCUGCACCUGCCACACCUCAUCCACCCUGGAACAACCUGCGCUGUGGCUGGGCCGGAUGCGCCUACACGGGGUCGUUUACCCGAGAGGCCGAUCUCUGGCGACAUAUCAGAAAUCUGCACGUGGCGCCCGGGUCCUUUCCGUGUUUCAUCUGUGGCCAGACCUUCAACCAGUUGUACAACCAGCGAAGCCACAUGCGCGCCCGACAUCCGGAGAUGAUGCUGCAUUGA